GGAGAUUGCUUCCGGGUGAGUGGGUGACCUUGAGCCCUCCGGCGCAACAUGGCGGCCCUCUGGCGGUUAGGUGUCCUCUGCGGUGCCCAAGGAGGCCGAGCUCUGUUGUUCCGAACCCAGGUGGUCAGACCUGCUUGUGUCUCAACAAUUCUUCAGGACCCACCUUCUAUAAGAUUCAGUGGGCUGCAGCAUAUUCAUCUGUCACCCAGCCGUCAUGCUGGUUCCAAGGCUGCUUCUCUCCACUGGACUGGUGAAAGGGUGGUCAGUGUUUUGCUCCUGGGCCUGCUUCCAGCUGCUUAUUUGAGUCCUAGCUCUGCAGUUGACUACUCCCUGGCUGCAGCCCUCAGUCUUCAUAGCCACUGGGGCCUUGGACAAGUUGUUACUGACUAUGUUCCAGGGGCUACAACACAGAAAGCUGCCAAGGCAGGUGUUUUGGCAAUCUCAGCAUUAACCUUUGCUGGUCUCUGUUAUUUCAACUAUCAUGACGUGGGCAUAUGCAAAGCUGUUGCUAUGCUGUGGAAGCUCUGAUCUUUUUGACUUAUACCCUGAGAAUUGAUUGUAUACCUCUUUGCCUCUGCUCUCUCAUGCCAUUCAACUCACAAUAAGGAGGAAAUAGCAGAUAAGUUCUUUGGUGAGAUACACCUUUUCUGAUCAUCUGGUUAUUUAAGAAUUUAAUCUUUGAGGAAAUUAUUUUU